AUGCAGACUCCUACGUGCACAAAUCUUCGCAUUCGGUCUCCUGCAGACGUCCGCGUUGUCUUCCAUGCUGUUUUGCUCGACAUUCUACCCAUGGUUACUCGACGGCUGGAUAGCGAGGAGAGGGGACUCAUACUACCUGGGUCAGUCUAUGUAUGGGAAGAGCGUGGCUCAAAUUCAGAUAUCACUGGGGUGGGCAUUGAGCGUUGGACCGAUGGAAUUCGUUGGGGGCCUUCGAGAGUCCGCGAGGGCUUCCUCUUUUACCACGAGAAGCCUACUACCCACUAUGUCUUUCCGGGAGGACUAUAUCCGUCUCAUCGCCAGCAUGCCAACCACGAGCUGCUAAUCAAACAAACCUAUACCGCCUUUGUGGAUACGCCUCGAGGGCAAAGAAAAUGGCAUUUGAUUGCUUAUUUUACGGAGGAGUCUAUUGAUCGCCUAAACUGCAUCGAAAACUAUCCUGCACUUUCCACGUUGCGAGUACCACACGGCAAGUACAAAAGCGCGCGUUCCGUCAAGGGCCGACCCGACCACAUCUUCAACCCUGAUGACAGCACGGAGGAGCUGUCCUCCCCGUCAACAACACAGAUCCAAUACGUUGUUUAUAAACCCAACGCUAUAUCUUCUUCUCGCUCAACCCCUUCCCCUCCCCGCUCGUUGCCAUGGAACGAUGGUCCGACUCCACCAGUGCACCCAAGAGCCAUCGGAAUUUCUUCUCAACACCACACACGCAAUCGCAGCUUGCCUGGAUCGCGUAUUGCAAGUCCUAUUCCUGGCGAAAAUGGCUUCCUAGCGCCGCUUGAAUAUCUGCAAACCGUCACACCUCCGAGGAGACACCCCAUGGACGAGACGACAUUGAAAUUAUUCAAGGCGGGCCCAUGA